AUGGCCUUGAAGUCCACCCUUCAGUCCAUUCUGAACGAUGAUGCUGGCUCUGUUCAGCCAAUGGCUAAAGGCGCCAUCAGUGAGACCCACACACCCUUUAAUGGUGGUGCUGGCUCCAGCAGCUCCGGAGACGGACAGACAGCUGUCAUGCUCCCAAAUGAAAAGCCGUCCAAUCAUGCAAGCGGGGCCGGACAACUAACGAGUCCGAGUCCGACCAUGAGCAUUUCAUUCAUAGUUUCUCCAGAAGAGCCAAAGGAGGAAUUCGACGACAAAGGCGCCCCUGCCGGCCGGCCAUGCCACCAUUACACUGAAGAACAUGGCUUCUUUGUCUGGUAUCAUCGAGUGGACCUCGGUGAGGACUGGCGGGUUGUGGGGAAGGAGUUUUGGGAGAAGUUCGGCAAGGGGAGGGCGUUGGUGGCCCUUCAAGGCCUGUAUUACGGCUUUUCCAAGAGGAAAGGCGUCAAGAGCCGAAGGAUACGCCCAGACUCUCGUGUUCCACGCAUGGUGGAAUGGACACAUAAGCGGUAUUCCUGGAUGCGACCCGAGGAUCGAAAACGGCCUCAGCGUCAUUGA